UAAGAGCUAGCAAAACCUAAUCGACAAGUCGCUGUCGCCUCCUCUCUCGACAAAUCACUUAUCACCUAAACAGUCGCCUGCGCUGCUUACGCGAAGUCAACUUCGACCAAGGACACUAGCGAGCUGUCGCCGAAGGCAACGCCAUUUCAACGCGAUACGAUCCACAAGGUAACUUUGACGCCACGUCGGCAACAUUUCCGGCCUUCAUUCUGUUCGUUUGCCCCAAUAACCGUUGAUUAAGCUCCAGCGGGAUUCUAGAGAAGUUUGUUAUUGCAAAUUCAAUGAAGCAUGUUGUGAAGAUCUUGACACUAGUUGUGGCUAUUACUGCCUUUUGGAUUGGUCUUUUGCAGACAUCUGUUAUUCCACGUAGCCAUACUUGGCUGCUACCUAUAUAUUUUAUUGUGUCCCUGGGGUGCUAUGGUUUAUUGAUGGUUGGAUUUGGUUUGAUGUGUUUUCCAACUUGUCCUCAAGAAGCACUGCUAUUGCAGCAGGACAUCAAAGAGGCCAAAGAAUACCUGAACCGAAGCAAGAUUGACGUUGGCUCUGAUUAAUGGCUUGACAUUGGUUUCUAAUAUAUGUUACUGAUACAAAGGAAGAACCCUAGUUGGGAAGCAAACGUUAGCAGUGGGGAAAACUACAGAUAUUUUCUUUCAUUAUUUGGACAGUCUCAAGCCAGACUGUCGGCGUGUGACAAAUUUUGACUAUCCACUAAUUAACUUAAGGUUUGGAUCAACAUGGGUUCUUGAGAUAUUUAACCGACAAUUUUUGGUCUGAUUAGUAUAUUUAUCUUUUGUAACUGUGUUGUCAUAUAAACAUAUAAAAAAAUAUCUACACAAAGUUUACAAUUUGUAAAUCAAAUAAUAACAUAAUACUAUAAUUUGUCUAUUUUGUAUGUUUGCAA